UUUCAAUUGCAUAUUGUCAACGGAGAUUCAAAAUAUAUUUUAUCCACUUAAAACAAGAAUAAAAAUAUUUUUUUUUUCCUGUUGUUGUUGUUGUUCUUUUUUCAUAAUCGGCAUGUCUUCACCUGAAACUAAAAAAAGGAAAAUAGAUUAUAAAUGUCAGUAUUGUGAUAAAUCAUAUAAAAAACCUAGCAAGCUUACUGAACAUGAGCGAUCUCAUACUGGAGAAAGACCCUUUAUUUGUUCAUAUCUUGGUUGUAAUAAAUCGUACAUGCGAAAUAGUCAUUUAAAAGUUCAUGAAAGAUCACAUGCCAACAUUAAAGAUUUUGUUUGUUCUUUUGAGAAUUGUGAUAAAGCGUAUGGAACAAAACAGCAUUUACAACGUCAUGAAAAGACUCACACUUCACCUUUAAUUAAGUGUGAAUAUCCGGGAUGUACAGCUGAAUUUUCAAAACGUUUUCAAUUACGUUGGCAUAGAGCUUCUCACGAAAAGGGCACUUAUAUCUGUAAUGUUUGUCAAAAUGCAUUUGAUUCAUUACCAGCAUUAGAAAAACAUAAAAAUAGAGUUCAUGAAAAUCCAAUCAUUUAUAACUGUACAACUUGUGAUCAAUCUUUUUUAAAAUGGUCGGAAUUAAGAAAACAUGUUCAAGUUGAACAUCCUGCAGUCUGUACCAUCUGUAAUAAAACAUAUACAAGACCGUCUUACCUGAGACAACAUAUAAAAGAUAAACAUACUGAUCCUAUAAAAUGUACUUGGUUUGGUUGUGAUUCUAUACUUAAAAAUAGACGCAGUUAUCGAUUUCAUCUUGCAUUUGUACAUGAACAAUAUGUAAAAUAUAAAUGUGAUUCAUGUGGUAAAGGAUUUCCUUAUAAAUCAGUAUAUGAACGUCAUAAAAAAUCACAUGAACCUAAACCAAAAUCAACUUCGUCACGCCCCAAAAGAUCUCUUGCGGAAAUAUUAACAGGCUAUAACUAUUAUUCCAAAAAUGGAUUCCGUUAUAAAUGCCCCUUUGAACACUGUCAAUUUAAAUUUACAAAUACAUAUUUAUUAAGGCGCCAUUUAGAGGGGAAACACCAUGAAAAUGACGUUAAAGCAUUUGAAAGGUCACAACUUGAAAAUACUGAGCAAAGUGAAAACACGGCUACUACAAAUACUACUACUACUACUACUACUACUGUAAAUUGAUUUAUUGUUGUAUAACUUCUGCUGGAUUCUGAACGACAAUUAACAAAU